AUGGAAAAUAAUUACUGUGAAGAUAUUUCCCUUUUUUUUUCCAUAAAAGAUUUAGAAGAAAUACUAAACAUUUUUAAUAAUGCUAAACAAGUAAAAAAAGAUACUCAUAAACUUUUUAGUUUUUGCAAUUCUUAUGAAUUAUUGUUCGACUCAAAUUGUUAUUCUGUAAUUGAGGAAAAGACAGAAAAAAAGGAAGUUAAAAAAAUAUUCUCAUUAGGUUUAUUAAGCAAUGAAAAGGAUAAAAUAUUUGAAGAAAAAAAUAUGAACAAGCAAGGUAAUAAAAAAAUAAGUGAAGAUGAAAAAGAAAGUAUAGCAUUAAAAUCAUCUGAAUUAAAAAACAAAACAAAAAAAUUUUUAUUUAAUGAAAAAAAUGCAUAUGAUCACCAUGAAUUAAUUAGCGAAGAAAUAUUUAAUUGUUUAUAUAAGAAUACAAAAAAUGCAAAAUUUACAAAAAAAUAUAAAUUGUUAAUCGAAAUAAUAAUUCAAGCUAUUAUAUAUGCAAAUAAAAUUAAUCUAGAUAUUUAUAAACUGAAUUUAUUUUUAUCUAUUAUAAUUAUGGUUAUAUACAAAGUUAUGGAAAAUUUACAAGAAAAUAUAAAAAGACAAAAAAAAAGAAAAGAAAUAACAAUAAAUUAUUUCGUAAAUUUGUUAGAAAAAAACACAAGUUAUAUUGAUCAUAUUCAGCUAAGUGAAGACAAUCGAAAUAGUGCAUUAGAAAAUGGAGAUAAUUCAAAAAUUGGAAAAAUCGAACAGAAUGAAAAGAUUGACCUAUCCAAUAAUAGCAACACCAUCAACGAUGAAAAACAUAGAAAAAAUAGUAAAAGAGAAAAAAAAGAAAAAAAAAAAAUGGAAAAAGAAAUGAAUAAUAUAGAAAAUAAUAAUAAUUUAAAAAAUAAAAAGGAACCAUAUGAUGAUAAUAUAAAAACACAAAUCCUUGAAGAUGAAAAUAAUUCGAUUCAAAAUGAGAUGCACAAGGAUAAUAAAAAUAUCGCUGACAACAAUUUAAGCUCUUCUGAUACUAUAAAUAUAAAAAAACAUAUUAUUCUUUUUCAACAUUAUGAAGCUAAAUAUAUAAUAAAAUAUAUGUUUGAAGAAAUUUUCUCAAUAUAUAAUAUAUUGGAAUAUUUAUUUUUAUUCCCUGCCCUUUCUGUAAAUUUAUCUUUUUGUAGUACAUUUGCAAAUAUAUCUCCACCUCACAAUUUUUCGACACAUAAUGAAAUAAAACAUGAAUCAGGCAAAGAACAGACAGAAGAAAAUGAAUUUGCUGCAAACUCAUACAUUAAGGAAGCACUUGAUGUUCCAUUAUUUGUACUUGAUAAAUUUUAUGACCAUGUUAAAGAAUUACAAAAUAAAAUUAAUCAAACAAUAAUUUGA